AGAGCUGUGUUUGGAGGACUGCACUGAGAGUGGGCACUACGUCUGAACCUGACAGCUACACUUUGGUGAAUAGGUUCGAAGAUUCACAGAUCUGUGGGAAAGGGCCAAGAAGACCGUAGUCUGAGGUUUGGAGUAUCUGACCAUAGAGAAGCCAGAGAACACGAGUCCCUUUGAAGAUGACACCUGCCAGUUUGGUGUUAGCCUGGCUCCUGCUCGCUGUGAGGACAGUCACCUCUGCUGUGUAUCUGGAGCCCGAGGAGGAGGGGUCAGGGGGACAGGAUUUUUUAAAUAUUGUCCCACUGACCCCUUCCUCUCUUCUAGAGCUCAAUGAAACUGUCCUCUGCACCAAUGACCAGAUGGAGGUGGUCAUUCCCAGUGCCUUCUUCCUCAAUAAAUUGCCACCCAUUUAUGUCUGGGAUUUGCACCUAAAUGACCCAGAGUGCCGUGGUGUUGAGAUUGAAGAUGACUAUGUCUUCAGUAUCAAGACUAAUCUCUCUGACUGUGGGACAAUCAUGGCAUCGGAUGAUACACACAUUAUGUUCAUUAACACUAUACGCAACAACGAUUUGGAUGUCAUCACAAGGAACUACAUAAACAUCACGUUUGUCUGCCGCUACCCAAUAAACUACAUGGUCCAGCAACCUAAUGGGGAAAACAUGAUCAGGGUGGAUGUCAAGAUGAUCACUCUGAACACAGAAGAUGGGAACUUCUCUGUGUCCAUGUUGCUAUAUAAAGACAAGGACUUUGAAGACAAGUGGACCACUGUUCCCUCACUGACACUGGAAGACAACAUCUACGUUAAAGUUUUCAUGAUACCGGCUCAUCUUUUGCUGCGUGUGGAGAGAUGCUGGGCUACCCCAACCAACGACCCGUAUAGCAACAUCCAGUACACCUUCAUUAAGGACAGCUGCCCCGUGUUGUCAAACGAACAGACGUUGACAGUGCUGAAGAAUGGACAGGGGCCAGAGGCUAUGUUCAGGAUACAAAUGUUCAAGUUCGUGGGCAGCUCUUACAAGGAUGUGUUUCUCCACUGCAAUGUUCAGAUCUGUCACAACACACCUGGGGUCUGUCAGCCUAACUGUUCUGUUGAGGAUAGCUCCAGGCGGAUGAGAAGAGAUGUUGCCAUGUCCCAUACAGUAUCUUAUGGACCAAUCAGGCGACGUCUGCCUGAGAGUGACCAACCCACUCUGAACUCUGGAGGUGUGCUUUCGGUGGAGACGUUUGUCCUGGGAGGACUGCUGGUGGUCCUACUGCUGAUCACUGGAGUGUUCGGGAGGCUGUGGCUGAGAACCAGACACUCUUACCCAGCACAGGAGGCUGCUCAGCUCACUCUGUCCAAUAUACACCACAUCUCAGAGGUAGCCUCCUAAGAUAGCCGAGCAGACCAGUAGUCCAAGCGAUGAGAACAGAUGUCAAACGGGGGAUUCAUACAUACAUCUACAAAGGCAGACACACAAGUGCAAGCAUGCACAGACAUGCAUGCAGUGGUGUAGUGGAGGGUGUCUGCAAGUAUAUGCCGUAUACACACUUAUUUUUCAGUGGGCAUUGUGUAUACUCACUUCUUAGUCCCCACAAUGUGUGUUGAAGUAGUAUAGGGGAGGUAUACGCCGUAUCAAUUAAUACGGCUGAUGGAACAGAUCAGAAUGUUUAGCUUAAAAUGUUGAUAGACUAUUAUUUCUUCAUAUUUUAGGUGCAGCAAUGUGCUCAAGGCUGUAGGAUAUACACUAAUGUUCCAAAAUGGAAUUUGCGGGAAGACUCUGUUCUAAAAUGCACACCGGGUUUAAUGGGCAGAGAUGGAAAUAUAAGUUAGACAUUUUUAAAGAUCUAAAGGUGCAACAACAAUCAUGGGUUGAUAAUAUGACUAGGAUAAUGCCUUUGGCUGCUAGACAAUGGAAGGAAGUUGAAAGAAAACCAAUAGUACAGGAGAAGUACAGGAGAAGUCUUUAUAAAAUAAUUGCCUCCACAUUUCUAUGAUUUCAAACAAUGAAGGAACACUACAAAUAUAGUGAUGCUAAUGAUAGGCCUAAACAUCUUCUGGUAGAUGGUAGUCUUUCCCAAAAACCUUCACAAUUAAAUGUUAACUAGCUACAAAGUAGCCUAUGCCUACCUGGCAGAAUGAUUGUAUGAUUAUUUGCAUUAAUCCAGUGGCCAUUUGUUUUCUCCAUCAUGUGCUACAGAAACACUGCUAACAAAGCAGCAGUGCUAGGUGCCUGUUCACUUGAAUUAAAGGAUAACUACACUCAAAAAUACAAAUGUCUUCGAUUUUUCCCAGACCUCAAAAAGGGUGUCUCUGGAUGUGGUUAAAGCAUUGUUAUGGUCUUAGAACAUCCAAUUGUGUUUUUCUAUUUUGAAAAAUGUACUUUGAGAGCUUAAACCCUUCUAUUAGCCUACUUGCACAGUACAGAUUGGGUUGGCCUGAUUGUGAAAGACCAAUAUGAGAUUUAUCAUAUUAGUCCAUUCAAAGUGUAUGUCACAAUUUCUCAUAGAAUUUUUCACACAUGGCGCCUUUCUUUCACCCUGUGUUGCCUUUUGGUAAAUUUCUGGCAAACUGAGUAUACCCACUUCUCCAGUCACCACUACACUCACUUCAUGCUUGCAUGUGCACCCACACAAAUUAAAAUGUUGGAUAAGGAAAGAGGAAACCAUGAAUUUAUUGUACUUUUGGGUGUAUAUAAAAUAUCAGUGUAGAAAUCAGGGAUUUUGAAGAUGUGGUAUAAAACUGAAAACAUCUGUAACAUAUGGGUUUUCAGUGUUUUUUGUAAAGAAAAAAAUAAAGGUAUUUCAAAGA